GGUUAGCGUUAACGGACGCUUUAAAGCCAAGACCGGACAAUAAAUGUUAACAGACAAGCAAUAUUAAAUUAUUUUCCAACGGCAGUGACGCUUGCGAUAGCUCGUAAUAAAUAUCGUUAUUGUUUAAUGUUUUUUAACUUUAAAGGUUUACCGAGAGUUUUGCCUAAUUUUUAUUUCGAAAAACGUUGAACAAACAACACUAUUACGUUUCUUAUUUCGUGCUUACGUAACUGUUUCUUUGUGUUUCUUUUAUUUGUAUCGUAUAAACGGUUUUUGUUUCCAAAAUAUAAUACUGAAAUUAAUUAAUUCGGUCUCUAUUCUCAAGUGUUGUUUAACUAUACAAAAUGGAAAUAGACCCCAGUACAUCGAUUUCAUAUAUCCAAUCUGAUUCAUCAGACGAUGAUGAUAACCACCAUGCAAACUUAUCUACUGAAGAAAUAUGUCAUAAGAUUAAAACAUUUCGUAAUUUAUGUUUUGGAAACAAAAUAAAUGUUUCCAAUGCAUUUGACAUUGAUAUGAUCGGAUAUUUUUACUCUUGGUUGGAGAAAAAGAAAACCUCAAUCUUUGAGGAACAUAAUGAUGUUACAUCUUUCCAAGAGAUCAGUGACUAUCUAGAAGCUUCGGCAAAAGUCUAUUCUUAUCGUGUUGACAAUUUAUCAGAAACAACUAGUAAAUUAGUUGAGCAAUUUAAAUCCAUGAAUUACAACAAAAAUAUAGCAAAAAUAGAUGAUAAUAAUGCUCCUAAAAUUCAAAAAUCAAGGAGACAAAAAAUGAUGCUGACUACAUCUGAUAAAUUAAGACGUAAACCAAAUGAAAAUGAAAGUUCUGUCAAUCCAGCUUUAAUAAAUCAUAGGAUUUCUAGCUUUAAUUGUAAUGAAUUAUUUUCAACUAAUCGUCCAUCUCACCAUCUUAAUUCAUUGUACUUCAAUAAAUCGUUGGCAGAAGAAAUGAAAACUUCUAAAGACGAAAAAAAAGAAUAUGAUGAAAAAAAAAAUGAUGAAACGAUAAAAGUUGAUAAAAGUUUUUUUCAUAUGAUGGAUGAAAUUUCCAAAGGAGCUAUCUGCCCUGAAUUUAAAGGUUUUGUAGCUGAACAUGACAAAGUUGAAAAUUCAAAUGACGAUCAAUUGAAUGGUAUUGAGUAUCGCUUUGAUCCUACUAAUUAUCAAAAUACUUGUGAUGACUCUAUAUGUAUUGAUCCAGAUAAUAAUGAACCAGAUAAUAAUGAACCAGAUAAUAAUGAACUUGAUUCCUAUUCAAAUGAUAAAAAUACAACAGUACUUGAUGGACUUUUGGAAUGUAUUGAUAAUGUUGAUAGAGACUAUAGCUUUUUUAAUCCUAAACUUCUUGCUAAUUGGAAAGGACCAAAAGCCUGGAAAGCUCAAGCAAUGAUGAAAGCAUUAAAAUCGUGCACUCCAACUGAACGAAAAGAUAUUAUUUCAAACACUGAUGAUAAUAUUGAUGACAUCAUACAGACAAAUAUUAAACAACCUAAAUCUUGUAAAAAACGAAAUAAAGUUAAGAAUGAUAAAAUUCAAAUAGAUUGGUUAGAUAUGAGCCAAAUAACUGAAACAUUGAAAAAAAAAGUUCUAAGUAAAGAAAAAAUAUUACCUCGUACACUACAAAAGUGGGAUCCACUUGACAAUAUAUCUGAUACACAAUCAAUUGUUGUCGAUAUUAAAUAUAAGUUUCAUUUUUUACAAUAUGUUGAAAUUAAACCAGAUUGGUGGCUGCAUUACAAAACUCUAGAAGAGGACAAUCAUUCUGAGGCUUCAAAUUCCUAUGAGAAUAUCAAUGAUUGUGACGAAGACAUUGAACAACCUAUGGAAAUUGAUUGUGAAGACUCUGAACAGUUAAAUAAUAUAACUCAUGGAAAAAAUUAUGAAAAAUUGGCCACCAUAGAUGUAUCUGAAGAGUUGAACCCCAAUGCUGAUAUUAUAGCCGACAUUAAAACUGAAUCGAGAAUGGAUAUAGCAGAAUUAAAAAAAGAAAUAUCUAAUAUUAUUGAUGAAGAAUGUGUAGAAACUGACAACAGCAGUGAAUGGAGUUUAAAAUUAUCGUUUUUUAACUUGUUAUUAAAAUUACGAAUUAAUGAACGAGAUGGACUUUCAAUACCUAUUGUAUAUGUUGGCUUACUUCAUUUAGCAAAUGAACGAGGUUUGAAAUUAUUCCAAGAACAUUGUACCAUAAAUGAUAUGGAAGAAACUUUUAUUGCCAAACCAAUGAAAAAAAAUUAAAUGUAUUUUAUGAUUGGAAAACCAUUUGAUUAUUCUUAUUUUAUAUUUUUCGACUGUUGUUUAAUAACUUUUUUAAAUUAUGCUUUCCUUUUUUAUUUUUUUUAUUUGAAAAAAGUUAGCAUUAAAUGUAUAAUUAAAAAAUAUUUAAUAUAUAAGUAAACUAAUACAAAAUCAUCAUUUAUUGCUCAAUAUUUUGAUUUAAAUUAAAUUUAUUAAUGGUACAUUGUGGCAGGAGGAGGUGGAAAUAAGUAUUUGUUUUCUGCAUUCGUGCUCCACCAGUGACACAAUUCCAAAAUCCAAAAGUUUCAUAAUACUGUAUUUAAUUUAGGAUAUAAUGAUGUUAUUUCAUGUUUAUUUAAAAAUUUUAAACAUUUGUUCUAACAU